AUGGCGUCCACUGGUGUGCCUGAGAAUGAACUGGGAAACUUCCACGACCCAGAUGAUGUGACAGACUUCUUCUUCGACGAUGACCUGGACCAGCCCCAGCACGAUCAGCACGGCGGCGAAGCGGAUGAUGACGACCUGCUUGCGCGAGCCAUGGAGUCAAUCGAGCAAGGCGGAAACCUGGACCAGGCCUUUGGAUCAAGCACACGCGCGCCCUCCUCCGCCCCCAACACCUCCACAGGCGUCAACCACGUCGAGGACGACGAAAGAGAUCAUACAGAUGAUGAAGGCCACGGUGGUGGCUCUCAGGCGAACGUGUCGCAAGCACCAGAAGCCACGCAAGAGGAUGAAACCCCAACCAAGACAAAGAAGGCUGGCUCCAAACGCAUGUCUUUGGACGUUGAGCGGCUGCUGAACCCCGAAAACGGCGUACCAUACAUGCUCAAGACCUUCAGCAAGCACGUUCGCUUCUCAAACAAGCCCGGCAUGGAGACGCGAAACCUGCGGCUGCUGAUGGACCACUAUGACGCGUGGAUGGACCAGCUCAUGCCGAAGAUGUCACUGUCAAACGUCGUGGACACCAUCGAAAGGCUUGGCCACAAGGCAGCCGUCAGGACGUAUCUGACUGAUCUGCGGCUGAGUCAGGCGGUCCGCGAUGAAGAGAGGGGCACAGACGAACAGCACAACUCGCACACUCAAGAUAGCGGUGGCGGCACUGGUGAUGGUCACGACGCUGGCCUUGCUGGGCGUGAUGAUGGUGGCACUGGUGAUGACAAUGGUGAUGGUGAGCUGCCACGCAAGCGACGGAAAUCGCGGGAGUCGAGACAGCGACGACGACAACGAGCACGCCGCAGCACACGGUAUGCGCUGCGGGGUGCUGUCGAUGAUGACGACGAGGCUCGUGAUGGUGAUGGUGGUCAUGACGACGUGUGGGCGGAGCACACGGAGCAGGAAACAUCAGCAGCAGUCGUUGCAGCGACGAGCGCGACCAGCGAUGAUGACAAUGAUGGUGAGGAGCAACGGGAGCAACGGGAGCAACGGCGUGUUCAUUCAGGGCAUAAAGUUACAACUGACGGUGACGGAAACACCAACACCAACACCAACACCAACAGCGAUGACAGUGCUGAUGCUGCCGGUGUCAGCAGCGACGAUCCCUCAAACACCAAUGACCACGACGUUGAUGCAGCUGAUGUGUCUGAUGCCGACAUCAACGCGACGACCGUGCCGCAGCGCACAGCCCGUCAUGACGAUGCUGCUGAUGCUGAUGAUGUCCACGGACCGCAGCAAGAGACGCAGGCUGGCGAAGAGUCGGAGGCUCGUGAGGAAGUGGUGGCGGGGACAACGAAGCAGCAGCACACAGAGGAGGCAGACACCACGAACACGAUGAUGGAUACCGGUGGGGAUGAAGAAGGAGCGAAGGACAACAACAACAACAACAACACAGAUGGUGAUGGAGAGACAAAUGCGGAAAACGAGCCGACUGCUGACGCGGGUGCAGUUGCUGAUGCCAACAACAGCGCCAACGACCACCACAGCGCCAAGAAACUACCUCAUGAAGAUGGCGCAGCAGGGAACGGUGGCCCUGCCACUUACCGAGGUGAGGCUUGA